UUUUCGGUGGCCAUAAAAUAGAGAAAAAUCAAAUCCAUAUGAUAGAUUUUCGCCUUUAGACAAAAAAAUAAACACAAAAUUUCAAAAAAUCAUAAUUUAUAUAUUUAUUCUGUUAGCAUUAUCCAAUAUUUAUAUGGUUAUAUAUAUCAAACAAAAUAUCUAGUUUGUAGGGCUGGAUCAAAGUCGUGAUAAAUGUUGACAUUCAAUAUGGCGGUAUGUCGUCAGUGCUAUGCUGUGUCGUGGUGAGAUUUGAUUAUUUUAUGGUUUCGUAUUUAUUUGCUUCCAAAUACAAUCGCCAAUCGUCGUAAAAACUGUUAGCAGUCGCGUUGUUCAUGUGUGAUAUUUCAUUUGUCAAUAACUGGAUUAGAUAGAACAGUAUAAUCUUGUCCCACGGCGUUGUAAUUUUUACCCAUCGCUGUAUCGGAUGGACGGCCGAUGUCUACCUAAAUAGUAUUAUUAAAAUGUAACGAUGUUUAAAAGCACCGCUUUGUUGUAAUUCGGCGUUAUUCUUGUGAAUACCGAGUUAUACACGUAUAGAUAGCAACAGAGUUAUACGAAUUUACCUUCAACCAAGUUAAUGCACCACGGGCUCCGACGCAGCAAGCAUUGAAGACAUCUGAGGAUUUAGCAUAACAAUAAGUAGUUUUAUUUUGCAACAUUAGUGGUUUUGGUGUAUAAAUUGUGACUUUUACGUUAAAGACUCAAAGUGUUCUUAUGAACACAAAAGACUAAAAGAAAAUGUAAUUUUAUGUAUUAAAUUUAAACCUCUACUGAAAACUGAACACCACAAUAUAGUUUCUUUCAAGUUUUUGACCAGGCCACUACUACGAAGCAAUGUCCAGCAAUCCUCAGUGGACGAUCUACCAACCGCAAGAUUCACACUCCUCGCCCUUACAAGAUAUUUUAGAUCUCCAGCAUUCUAAUAUGCAGCCCAAAGCAUCAUACCGUAAUGGUGAGUAUCCAAGUUCGCCAAGGGAUAAUUACAACAGCCAGUCCAAGACUGGCAGUGGAAACCGCUUUUCUUUUGGUUACAAUAUUGACGGCUGCCAUAUGGGGGACUCAGUUUAUUCUUCUGGCUCUACAAAUAAUACUUCAUCUCAGCAAUAUGAUUCAAUGAAUCACCCACCUAUUAGAGAGACAGGCAUUAUUGAGAAACUUCUCCACUCCUAUGGAUUUAUUCAAUGUUGUGAGAGGCAGGCUCGACUGUUUUUCCACUUCAGCCAGUUUAGUGGCAAUACUGAACAUCUCAAGAUAGGAGAUCCUGUAGAGUUUGAGAUGACAUACGAUCGUCGCACUGGAAAACCAAUUGCAUCUACGGUUACCAAGAUUGCGCCGGAAGUGGUGCUAAGUGAGGCGCGUGUGACUGGAACAGUGACAACUGAAGUUAAGGGAGAAGGCUCUGGAGAUAAUACAGGAAGAAUUUCUUAUGAGAAUCGUGGUGAAUGUUUCUUUUUGCCUUACACUAAAGAUGAUGUUGAAGGUAACGUCACUCUGCGUACGGGCGACGCGGUGAGCUUCCAAAUAGCAACAAAUCAGAGAGGCACUUUGGGAGCAUGCCAUGUCCGUUUUGAAAAUCCCGUACAUCCCGUCAAAUACCACGGCGUGGUCUGUUCGAUGAAGGAAAACUUUGGAUUCAUCGAGCGUGCGGACGUGGUGAAAGAAAUAUUCUUUCACUAUUCGGAAACCAAAACUAAGGAAGAAUUAGUUUUGGGUGAUGACGUCGAGUUUAUCAUUCAGACUAGAAACGGGAAGGAAGUCGCUUGCAACAUAACGAAGUUGCCGAGCGGUUCCGUAGUGUUCGAGGAUGUGAGUCCGGAGAUAAUGCGCGGGCAAGUGCUGAAGCCGCUCGAGCGCGGGACCAUGGUGCGCGUGGCGCAGAACGACCCGCUACCCGGCAGGAUCCGGUACCGCGCCGCCGACCACUCAGAAGUUGAGGUGCCUUUUGGUGACAAGGACCAAUGUGGCGAAUUUACCCUGCGACACGGAGACUGGGUUCAGUUCCAGGUCGCCACGGACCGUAGGGACCAGUUGAAACGUGCCACAAACAUCUCGUUGUUGGACGAGUCAUUUAACGUGUCUGGUGAACGAAGGGAGCAAGGAAUCGUAUGCUCUCUGAGAGAUGGAUUCGGAUUUAUUCGCUGUGUUGAGCGGGAACAGACGAUGUUCUUCCAUUUUGCCGAAGUACUCCGUCUCGGACAGGAGCUCAGCUUAGGAGAUGAGGUGGAGUUUACUGUGGACCCAGUGAGCACUUUCUCAAACAUGAACAAUCGCCAGUCUGGCAUUCGCAUCAAGCACCUGGUCCCCGGGACAGUCAAGUUCGAGACUCUGAUCGAGCACGGCGCGCGCGGUGUCGUCACUAAGGAAGCUCAGAUGUACACGUCUUCCACUUCUAGCCCUACAAGAUCCCCAUCGCUGCGUAUUUGGACCAAGCCGAAAGCCCAGGCACAAACGCCUUUGCGUAAACUGCGAAGGCUAUGUAAACUGGAAUACAAUGGUGUGAUAAGUUGGCAAGUAAACCAACAAACAAAGAAAUCCCUGCCGUUUUCUUCAAAAAAAUGUGAAUCUAAGAUGCUGCCCCGGACUGGUGACAUAGUUACUUUCGACGUAUUUCAGGUGAAGCGGACAAAGGAGUUGGUAGCCAAGUCAGUGCAGGUACAACACAGUCUGACUAACGGCAACAACAGCAGCAAUGGCGCCGGCAACCGACCUCUGAUGCAGGGCUUCAUCGCCGCUCUCAAGGACGGGUUCGGCUUUAUUGAAACUUCAGAUCACUCUAAGGAAGUGUUCUUCCAUUUUAGAAAAACAACUUCCAGUAAUUUGGAAGGCAAUCCGGAUGGCUUGGAGCUGGGUUGCGAGGUUGAGUACACUCUGGGGCGCGUGAACGGUUCCGGAGGCGGGUGCGCGAGCGCCGAGUACGUGCGCGUGCUCCCUCGCGGCUCCGUGCCGAUCGCCAAGCCGCUGGACCCCACUCUCAACGGCACUGUCACUAGAACUCUGCGAGCUCUCAAUCCGGAUCAGGCCCACUAUUCCGGUCUGAUCCAAGUGGAAGGUGGCACAUCUUACGAAUUCGGUAUCAUGGGGCUGGCGUGCAAGCGUGAGAUCCUUCAGGUCGGUGACCCCGUCACGUUCCAGGCCGACGUCGAGGGCCGAGCCACGAACAUUGUGCCAAUCAGGAAGAAGAGGCGUGCCACCGUCGAUGCUAUUAAAGGAGGUUUCGGUUUCCUGUCUCUGGAGGCUGAAGACAAUCGCCGUUUAUUUUUCCACAUGUCGGAAGUACGCGGUAACCCGGCGGAACUGCAGCCCGGCGAUGUCGUCGAAUUCGUCAUGUUGACAAACCCUAGGAAUGGCAAGUCUUCGGCUUGCAACGUUGUCAAAAUUGGAGCUAAAGGCUUCGGUGCGGGCAAGGCGCGGUGCGAGCGGCCGGAGCGGCUGCUGGCGCGGCUGCGCACGGCCUCGCAGGAGGAGGCGAACGGGCCGCGCGUGGUGGUGGCCCGCGCCCCCCGCGGCCCUGACGGCACACGCGGCUUCCGCAAGCGUCGCACCGUCGCUGAACAAUUAGCUGAGAAUAAUUAGAAAAAGAUCAAGAAAUCAGCACUAAGGCCUCAACCAUGUAGGUAAAACAUCUUAAUGGUUUGAUUUUCCACUUCAAAUUAUUUCAUUGUAUUCAUGAGAGACUGACUUAUCCUCUUUUCUUUAGCAGCAUUUAGGAAAUUGUUUUGUUAUUUUUACUAAUUCUAGGUGAUUACUAUAAAUUAUUGUCAGCUGUCAUUAAUACAGAUCAAAUACACGUUAAUAUGUAUAACAUCAAUAAGCAAGGUACAUAUCAAUUAAACAAACCAAUUUGAGUUGCUUAAAUGCAGUUUGAUUUAUAUAAUAGAGGUUCUUUUUCGUAUAGAGACGUUGUUCAAAAUUCCGUUUGCACCAUUCCUUGGUCUAUGUAAAUGUUAUGGUUUGCCAAGUUCAAUAUGUAUAUGUAUUUGUGUGCGUUGUCGCGACACAUGCCACAUGAAGGCGACGUGACCACACCGAACAGCUAAGCAUCUGUUUCCAAUCUGUUCGCUGUAUUGGGAUUGGCAUUCGAAAACAAUGUAAAUAUUUAUAGAAGAUAGGUAUAAUGUGUAUAAAAUGCUCAUAAUCAAACAACCCGGCUAGUGUAUGAAUUUAUUGUCAAUGAAGUAACAGGAGCUAGUGUCUCUAUAUGACAUGUCGCAACGGUGUCUGCAGUUGGAAAUAGAUUUUUCGACGAAGCUUAGUGUGUCUUAAGUUGUCUGUAUAAGUAAGGUGCGUGAUGAAGUAAUGUUAUAAAUUGAUGGACAUUUGAUACACGUUGUUGCGGUUGUUGUUACGUUUAGUAGAUCUCUUUAUGCGAAACAUACUGUGAUCAAUGAAAAUUUGUUGUGCAAUAAAAGAUAGGAUGUUGCCCUGAUAGGGCAGUACUAGUCUGUUAGUAUUAUGCGAUCCCGCUUGUCACACGCUCGCGCUUCAUCUGAUAUGUGUCGUCGUACAUUGUUCUAUUGUGAUGAUGGCUAACCUUCAUUAACGAACAAAAUAUUCAUUGUUAAUCGGAAAAGCAUUUAUACAAUGAACUGGAAUGGAACCAAAGACUGAAUUAAAAUAUUUAUAACGGUAAUACUUAUUGGUCUUCUUCUUCUUCCUGCCCUGUUCCCAAGUUAUUUGGGGUCGGAGCAAUAUGUUUCUUUACUUCAUUUUUUGACAACAUAUUGCUAGUAUGGUCUAGCUCUAUUUUUAUGACCGGCCGCCUGCCUGAUGUCUGCCCUCCUUGGGAAUGCAAUUGUUUUUUGUUUGGAUGCCACCUGAGGAUUUGCCCAAGGUGCUUAAUGUUGUGGGUCCUUGUGAACCUUCCUGUAGUUACUUGUGGCCAUAGUUUUUUGAGAAGAUUAUAAUUUCACGGAAAAUGUUUUUAAUUUUGUAAAAUCUAAAUUUUUCAUGCUAAACGAGACUUUAGUCUGACAAUUGUUAAUAAUUUCAUAUUCAAUAUACAAUGUAUGAACAGAUUAUCAUGAUAAAUUGUAAUGGCACUGUAUCGUUAAUAUGGGCCGACCGUUUUUUUUGCAGUUGACAGUUUAUUUAUUUAUACUUUACGUUAAAACAAAUUGACAAUUAAUGGACAAUUAUUGAUGUCAUUCAGCAAAUACAUGGGUAUUCUUCAUCAUCCUUUAGAAAGUGACAGCUGUCAACUGCACAAAAGACGCGGUGGUAUACGUACACAUCACAAUUUGACAUAAGGAACCAUGUUCAUGGUGACUAUUGCGAAAUACAUAAAUAAUACAAUUUAUCUCUCUUUUUAAAGUUUGUAAUAUUCCUAGGAAAUAUAUAAACUUGCUGAUCUUGUUAUUUUCUGGUUACAUAUAGUCUAAAAAUAUUUAUUGACUGCAGCAAGAGCUUUUGCACCGCGAAUGCAAACGUUUCCAGUAACGAACGAUGCUUGUAUCAUGCAAAAAACGAGCCAUUGACUGUUUAAUGCGUAGUAUUUUCUUCAUCACUACUUAUAUUCUCUUUAAAUUGGCAUUAAACCUGUCUUCUGCUGUUCCGUGUUUGCGUGAUGCACGUUAAUAUUCAUAUUGGAUAUAUUUUGUUAAUUUUGUAGUAAUUUCAUUUUAUGUCAUACGUUAUUAUCUCAAUAAAAAGCUUUAUACCUCAUUGUUGAACAGCAAUCCACUGUCAUCCCUAUCAUUGUUAGUUGUCGGCGAUGUUAUGUAGCUGUUACGAUCGCAUACGGGACUUGCAACCAAUUCGGUGACACACUACUUGCGCUAUAUUUUAUAUAAAAUUGGGUUUAGUUCAACAAGCGGGGUCUAAAAAGGGCAACUAAAUAUAAAAUACAAUGCAGUUUAUGGAAAUGAGUUAGCUGGAAUUGCGUUGCAAGUCGUGAUAUGCUCUUAUGAUCUUCAUUGUAAUGUGCUUAGGCACGCUUUUUUAUACACUGUUGUGCUGUUUUCAUCUUACCAUGUUUAAUAGUUGGGAAACCAAGAAAAUAAUCUCGCCUGACGUAACGCACAUACCCAUAAAACUAUAGUACAUAGUUUUACCUCGAUUAUUGUUAGAUUUAAUGAUAAACACCUUGAAUCCCUUAAGGACUUAUGAUCCUGUGAUAGCUGUAACAAACAACUGAUAUAUUAAAUAGUGAUGAUUAAAUUUUUAAGAUGCCUUAAAUUAUUGAAAUAUUUGAGCCUGUGUCUUGUGUUAUUAUAAAACAAUUAGUUAAAGGGUUUUGUUAUUGAUUCUUUUGAAGUUAACUAUAAAUAUUAAAAAUUAUGACAUAAAACUCAUAUCUGUAUGCACAAAUGCAGUAACACUUCAUCUAGAGGGGUAGCGAUACUGAACCUGCGAGCGACAACUGUUUGUCUGCUGAGUUUGAAAACUGAAGUUCGGCUUCGACUGUUUCUCAUUUCUAUAUAAAUGUGUGACAAAGCAAAAUUACGCCAUUUUUUUUCUUAAAAAAUCUGCUUGUGUCUGUGGGUAUGAAGUAGCAAGUUCUUGUGACCGGCCUAAAAUACAAACAGGUUGAGUAUCGCUAAAAUAGUUCGUAUAGUAUACACUAUUAGGUACUCAAUUUCGCGUAAACUAUCCCUAGUAAGGUUUUCAAACAAAAGUCCACCUUUCCGUCGAGAAUUUCAUUUGAUGGGGACAAUCGUUCUUAGAUUUGAUAUAAGUGUUGGAGUGAGACUGAAUGAGAUUUUUUAUACGUGUUUCUUGAAAUAAUCCGAAAUCUUGAAUAGACCGGAGAAAUGUCAUCCAAUAAGAUUAAUCUUAGGAGGUGGUUUCAGUUUUAAUACGAGAUCUCAUUGCUUAACGUUUCUGCGUUUUUGCUCGCUUUUCGGCUCUCGUCAGGCUGCCUAACGUCCACCAUAGUUUUCGUCAUCAUAUCUGACAGAUUCCACGACGAUUGUAGUCUUGCAAUACUCAAUCUAUCUCGAUCAACUAUCUGGUUUUUAUUUCUUUUUCAAAAGUAAUGCAGGUCUAUUUUUUUUAUAUCUCGUUCAAUAAAAGUUGUUAGUGUGUAUGGUAAUAAUUUAUUUACUUCAGUCUGUUACCAGAUCUACGAACGAUUUAGCGUUAUAGUACCAUGUACCGCAUUUUUCGUUUUUUGUGUUAGAAAGCCUUUUUUGCGGACUGACAUUCGAUUAAGCAAUAAAAAAAUGUGUUCACACGUAUUUGUACGAAGCGCAAAUCAGCUUUCGUUGACAUAGUACCCAUUAGAAUAUUACAUGUUAUGGUUCGAUGUUCUCAGCAAGCAGGUUGUCACAACGGGAUGUAAACUUGCUACGACCCAUCAUUAUUACAAACAAUACGAUAUACUUAUAUUAUUAGCAUUGUUUUUUAUUUUUUACUUGUACAACCAAAUAUCAGUGUUCUUGUUAAGAUAUUCUUGCCGGUCUUGUGUAUGGAAGUUAAUAAGUACCACCUGCAAGGUUAAAUAUGAAUCCUUAUCAAAUACAAAUAAAAAAAUUGACUUCUUAAACUAAAUACAUUCAUCCAUCAUUGCAAGUAUGGCUACUGUUUCGGCGAACAAUUCAUUCGAACGACUUACACAGGUGAUUUUCUAAAGAAUUUAAAGUAACAUUUGAAAUUUAGCACUCAGUGUGGUCUCUAAAUAUGAAUGAAUUUAGAUUAUGUCCUAUAAUGUCCCUAAUUAUUUGGAAUGCAUAUUCAAAACGUCAUGCAAUGUAAAUAAUGCAAUGUAAUGAUAUUCUGAUAUAUGCUUCCUCAUAUUAAUUUGUUUAUUUAAAUUAAAUAUUUUUUUUACCUAAAUGGCAUUUGUUUUAUAAUGAACUUUAAUCACUACUGCGCUUGUCUUGUUUGGACUUUCAGACCUUCCGUGUGUGGUACCUUUGAUUUCUGUAUGUUACCGGCAAUCUGUAUAAUUCAGGCUUUUUAUAGAAUACCUAGGUAAUGUAUAAAAUACCUGGGACUUCCAGGCAAUUUUUGAAAUAUUGUAUUUCAUUCUAUACAAUGCCGGAUUAUAAACAUUGCCUAUAACAUAUACAAUUCCUAGAGAUUGUAUAGAGUCAUUGCUGUUGUACCGGUAAUCUGUAAAAUACUUAAAAUAGGACCUGAUGUAUAAAUAUUUAUCAAUAUAAACCUACGAAAUGACGAGUAAAUUAAAUAUGUCCUAUAACCAUAAGUUAACUUUAUAAAAAUAAAAUAUUACUAGGGUGCUCCUAAAAAAUAAUUAUGGUUGUGCAUUUGCUGUAUAGCAAUAUACUUUUAUAUAAAAGAUCUAGAAAGAAAGAAAGAAAGAAGAAAGAAAACUUAUUUAUUGACACAAACCAUACAUACACAUAGAAAAAACAAAACAAAAGGACAAAAGGUUGCGUCAAAUAGGUUGCAUCUACUUCAUUCAUUGUGAGUCAAAAAAUUUAAGGAAGAGAUGUUCUUCUUCAAAGGGUACCUAGAAGUAUAUUUCUCUUAAUACAGCAAAAUCACAAAAAAAAAAUAGCUAAAAACUAAACACUUCUGGCUGCAAGUAGUAAAAUUAAAUUUUCUUAAAACUAGGUACUCAGUUGCGGAAACCUUUAAAAACUUGAGAAACAAGAUUUAAAAAAAAAAUAAGCAUGACUAAUGUCCAAUUCAUGUGUUAAUUAUUUAUUAUUAUAAUUGUAUAUCGCGCACAUAAAAUGAUAUACUGCAUCAAAAAUCGAGAGAACGGUGCUAAAACAAAAAAAGUAAAUAAUGCCCACUUUCGAGUUAUUCAAAAUUAAAACUGAACAGUUAGAAAUAUAUAUAUUUUUUAAUAAACCAGGUGAUCCUCAUCAUCACACGUUCUUCAUAAUCAAGCAGUGGGACACGUCAUUUCGUCUUAUACAUAAUCAGGUUGCUAAUUAAGUAUUAUAUAGAAUACCUAGGCAAAGUGUAAGUCAUAUUUCAUACAAUACCUACAGGUUUUUGGUAUUUUAACAUUACCUAAGAAUUGUAUGUAUUACCGGAUUGUAGAGAUUGUCGGUAUCAUGUACACACGACCGGAUAAAUUUGUCAUUUUUGUUUACAAAUCUUAUAGGAGAAGGAAUGUUAUGUAGGAAGUUUAAUAGUUAUCCAGGAAAAUCUUUUGUAAAGCAAUACGAAAAUUGAUAUUAGUCUAAGAGUAAGUUUUAAGAUGUAAAACAUACUUUCACUUAUCACAGGGGGCAGUGUUUUACACCUUGUUUAAAUUUACGUAAUGUUUGCACUAUUUUUACAAUUAUACUGUCUUAUCUUGGAUGUUUAGUGUAAUCUUUGUAAUAAAAACGACGGAUGACACAACAUUGUUAAUGGCAAUUUGACAUCUGAAUGUUCUGGCACGUGAUCCCAGAAUAUAGUUCUAAUUUAUGAUUAAGUAUAGUGAAGUAAUUGUUUAGAAGUUGCUUCUUCGGCGAGAGCAAUAAUUACACGAGUAUCUUUGUUACAUCUAUACGUUGCUGUUAAUACGAUGUCAUCGGUAUUAGAGAACACGUUUCCUAUGAAAUGUGUACGAAGUGGUGUCAAAUUGUCGCUCCACGAACUAUUUAUGAGUACUUGUUAAGUGCUUAAGCUUUUCUAAAUAUGUAAUCCCAAAGAAACAAUAGGAAUUUUGAACAAACGUUAUAUGCUUUACGCUUAAAAACUACAGUCUAUUAUGUUGUAUCAAAUAUAAUAUGUAUGCCCAUGUAACCAAUAUAAUAGUCAUAGUGAAAAUGAUGUAAUAAAUAAUCGAAAUACUUGAUGUUGUAGUGUAUGGAACUUAAGCCCCGGAUCAUUUCGGGUAUAGGUAUUAUUAUAAACUAGUCUUAAACAUUUACGCCCGGGCGCCUGUCACGAGCAGAUGUAUUUUUAAGCUAAACUGCUAACAAACGAACUAAAUAAGAUCUGAUAAGGGAACCUUUGUAUUUCUCCUUCGCAAUCGAAAGUUUCAGUGUAGCUACGAAUUUGGCGAACCAGUAUAAAUAUAUUCAGUGCCUAAAAGAACCUCUGAGAAAUGAAAAAAAAAACAAACUAAAUGUGAAAUUAUUUAAGCAUUUCUGAAAUUACAAACUUUGAUUAAUCAUAAGAGUUUAUUUUUAUUUAAUUCUUCGAUUGUAUUCUUUAGACAACUAUCUAUGCCAAAUGUUUAUACAUCACUGUACAUUUUUGAAAAUUGUGAUUAAACCAAUGUACACCAUCA